GGACCGUAUGGUUCUCCUAGGUGAGAUACGGCUCUUGGAUGGCGGAUAAGGCUACGGGUCCGUCACUCCGUCCAUCACUUCGGGACCCUCCACUUCUGCCCCUCCAAUCCGGUCUCCGAGCGCCGAGCAGCGCCGCCGUACGAUGAGCUUGGCAUCGGUCGUGCUAUCCGCGCGGGCGUCCACGACGUUCGCGAGGUCCUCCGCGAGCUUCCGCUGUCGUACCCGCAUGCGCCUCCUUCUGCACGGCGGCGCGCCGGAGGGCUCCACGUGGGGAUCGGAUUGGCCUGCCGUGCGGCGCGAAGCGGCGCCCGGACGCUGCCGAUCUCGUCUGCGGCUGGCGCGUGGCGCAGUUGGUGAUCCUUUUGUUACUGAGAGCACGACAAAUAUGAAGUUCCCUCGGGAAUUAACAGUUCCAGGCUACAUGGACCCUUUGGUUAUACUUGGCACAGGUUACAGAGACAAAUUUUUUCUCAAAGUAUAUGCUGCGGCAUUGUAUGUGGAUUACUCACAUGGAAUUGAUGCUGUGCAAUGGAAAGAAAAGACUGGUAUUGAGAGCUUUGAUGCUUCCUCUGUUUUUGACUCCAUCUUUAAAGCACCUGUUGUGAAAUCGUUGAGUAUAAUUCUUGUUAGAGAUGUUGAUGGCAAGACCUUUGUGAAUGCUCUGAAUGAUGUCAUUGCUCGCCAAAUAAAAAAACCAACUGCUGAGGAAGAAUCUGCCCUGUCAACUUUCCAGAAUACCUUUCUUGGGCGCAAUCUCAAACAGGGCACAAGCAUCUACUUAACAUGGCUUGAACCCUCAAGAAUGCUGAUAUCCAUUUCAGAAAAUCAAGAUCCAUGUCAAGUCGAUGCAGAGAUUAAAUCUGCUACGGUUAACUAUGCUCUAUAUGAUGGCUUCUUUGGUAAUUCUCCGGUGUCCCCUUCUCUGAGAUCAUCUUGUGCUCAGUUGCUGGAAGCUCUUCUUAUGAAGUGACAAGUAAAAUCAUGGUUUCCAAAGACAUGGUAUCCGAUGAAUGAUUAAUAGCCCUUUUUUCUUUCUAGAAUACAGAGGAGAGCUGCAUACAAUUGAAUUAUAGUCUCUUAGAUACAUCAUAGUUGAUUCUCUAUCAAGUGGUAUGGUGCACAGCUAAUUUCUUUCCACCUGAUGCUCUUACGAUCUUGCGGAUUCCUACUGAUCGUUAAGUGGACAAUCUUUGGGUCUGGUCAGCAAAAAGGCCGGGGAAACUAUUCAUCAGUGUGUUCUGCUUACCGAUGGUUGUCGGAUAGUACUACAGGAACAGGUGAUUUGCCGGCCUCUCCAUCCUGCAGCGCAUCAAACCCGUUGUCAAAGAAACUUUGAAAACUGGAUGUUCCUCUGUUCUGGUGUCGUGAACUUCAUAAUUUUUGUUCCUGCGAGAACAAACUAAAACAGGAUGUGGUCCAUUUUGACAAGAAAUGCCAAGAAAUGCAGCAUGUGUUAUGGGA